UAAUCUUUGGAUGGCAUUGUUUUCGUGCCGCGUGGUGCCAACGUCACUGGCAAACAUGAGGGGUACUUCACGUAAUGUGAAAAAUCCAUUAUUAUCAGCUGCUGGUGAAGGUUUUCCGUUUGAAAAUUAUGCAGAAAAUACAAUUUUGGUGCCUGUUACGCCUGCUGUACCUGCGAUACUCUCCGAUGAUGCCGAAACGAGCAACCUCGAAGUACAAGACACAGCCAAUUUGCAUAACUUAGCGACAUCGGCGACCGUGACCGAUGCAGACAGUGAGUUCACUCCGAUACCCCUGCAUCCGGAGGAAACCAAGAUUCCAACGAGUCAGGCAACGAAGCAGGGCUACCUCACCUCUAUCCUCUCCUCUCUGCCCAAUUUGUCCCUGUCGUCGAUCACAGGCGACGCUUCUGGUACUCAGGCGAGCCAGGCUGUCGAGAACGUAACGGAUCUGCAUAAUACAAAUCCUUAUGUGCCUUCGUUCGAUCAUCACGACAUCUUGAGGGAUACCUCGCCGCCCUUGGUCGCCAACUUCCACGAUCCUCGACGCGUGAAUUUCGAGGUUAACUCCGGAAGUACCGGAAGCUUGCCAGCGCCACCGCAGGCGACGGUGCCGCCCUCUAUUCCUUCGUCGACGAACGGACCCAUUUCGUAUCGACUCGGUAAUCAAAGACGUCUCAAGUAUGCACCGCCUCCAGAUAUAACAUCAAAUACAUCCAAACAAUACUCUGCACCAGUGGCUCAACCGGUGUUCACGCCCCACGCCAUUGUAAACCCGAAUAUAUUAAAUCCAAACGAACCUGUUGUCCCAAUCCCAAAUUACCAACCAAUCGAAACCUCGAUUUCUACAAACUCACCAUCAUUGCAACGUUCCACGCCAGAGUACUUAUCCCAGACCAACUCCCUGCAAGAAUCUUUCAGAUCUAGCCCAGUAGGAGCAAGUGUCCCUUACAGUUCAACCGGAACCUCGCGAAGCGUGACGCCACAGAAUCAAAAUUCGAGUAGCGAAGCUGUCCCUGUACCUGAGAGACCAAGUGUUUCUCUCUCCACUUCACGGACGAUUCCUCUGCAAGUUCCAGAGCCAACUACUCCACAGAACACGCCAGCCAAUGUUUCUUACCUCGGCUUCGAUGCCUACUCGAGUCAACGAGAAGCGAUCAAUUCUGCUCCGAGGAUCAUCAAUCUAGACAAAGAACCACUUAUAACGAAAAGUCAAGCAGAAUUACCAUUAUCGUUUUUAAAAGAUACCUUGAAACCUAUCUUGGAAAGCAAGCCUACCGUAACCUUUGCUCCAGUUUCUGCAGUUCAGGUUACCGAGAAGUUAGAGAACCUGCUCGCUGAACGAAAGCAAGAUUCCUCAGAAUUGUCCACCGAGACACCAGCGAAAGUCGAGGAAAGUACAUCAGAGAGCCAACCUGUCGAAAGUUGUCAGAGUCUAUCAGAGAAUAUUACAUUAAGUAACGUAGAGGAUAAGAAGGAUCUGUCGAAGCCUGACGGAUCAAACGUUUCGUUGGUGAAACCAAAGGCUUCAGACACAGCACCGAUAGCGACAUCUGCUCAGGAAGUACGUACAGAGAAGCUCGAUGCACCGCUUCACAGUCAUGGUGUUUCAUCGAACGUGCUACCCCUGCAGCAACAUCAUCAACCGCAGCCUUUCGUGUCGAGUGCUAACUUCUUUGCAGAGAAGCUAUCAGAGCAGAGAUCGAGUUUGACUCAUACACCUGCUACGGUAUCUUCAGGUGCAAGCACCUUUUCGGACUCCUCGAAACCAUUCGCACAAUCGGCGAGCUCGUUCUUCAAGGCACCAGAGCCUACCAGCUCGUUUCCAUCUUUUCAGUACAAAGAGAAUAGUUCGAAUGCUCACGUAGAUUUAGUUACUCCGAGAAACGAUACACAGAGAUUACACUUUGGUGGUUCGAUAGAUCCCAAUUUUGCUAAUUCUCAGAUACCUGUGACACAGUCCUCGUGGGGCGGUAGUCAAACCAGUGAGGUUAUUCAGUCAGUGCAGCAACCUUUGUUCUACAAUCCUGCUGAAUUUGAAGAGCCCAACCGUGCGACAACUGGUUACUUGCAGCCUCAGCCUGUGGCGAAUCCAGCGACAAAUAACGCUCAAUCUUAUUUUAAUAACUUCGCUCCACCAAGUCAGACAUAUGAUAUAACGAGUGGGAUAGGUAUUGAGUUCCCUAUUACGAGCUCAGCGGCGACAACUGUACCUGAACCUACGGGUUCAGCUACGCUGAACCCCGUGCAGAUGUCAGUUAAUCCACUGGCUGCACGUGGUACUACUGACAACGUGCCUCCUAGUUUUCAGAACUUGGCCGCUGGUUCUUCAAAUAAACGCAUGCAGUACAGAGGGGUGUACCACCACUGGUUUUAUCGCAAGAAAGUGGAGAACAAGGUGCUAUGGCUUCCGUUCUCUAUGCAGGACAGCUUGCGCUUAGAAGAGGUUCACAAUUCCACAGAAAUUACCCCUGAAACGAUAGUUGCCACUGACGGUGGUCGUUACGAUGUCGACAUUUUACGACGUCAGAGAUCACCCGUUUACUGGAGCGGGGACUCGACGGAAGUGAGACGAUGCUCAUGGUUCUUCAAAGGGCCCACAGAGACGAGAUACGUUCCUUACGACGAAAGCACUGCCACUAAACUCGAGGAAGAAUAUAAACAAUCGUGCCUGAGUAACAUUUGGAAUAAAAAGAUCGAGUUGAGCAAUGGGGAGUACAUCGUCUUUCACAGUGCCACCGUUCAGGUUCACUAUAUGACUGCUUCUUCGCUUGAACUGGCAACUGCGUGGGGUAAUAGCUCGGGCUCAGAGGACAGUACAUAUUUACAGGGUGCUGGUAGUAGACCCAGAGUGAUAAAAAGGGGCCUUGAUGAGUUUCAUAUCGAAGAUGGCGAGCCUGAGAAAGUGGAUCAUCUCCUGUUCCUCGUCCAUGGUAUCGGAAGUGUCUGUGACUUGAAAUUCCGAAGUGUAGAGGAAGUUGUUGACGAAUUUCGAAGUAUUUCACUGCAGUUAGUCCAGUCGCAUUAUCGAACCGCAAGUGAACAAAGGAUCGUGAACAGGAUAGAAGUUUUACCAAUCUCGUGGCACACAACGCUUCACUCCGAAGACACUGAUAAGAAACUACAGGCCAUCACCUUGGACAGCAUACCGAAAUUACGACAUUUCACCAAUGACACGUUGCUCGACAUACUUUUCUACACUAGUCCCGUGUAUUGUCAAACCAUUAUAGAAACGGUUGGAAACGAAAUAAACAGGUUACACGCUCUUUUCAAAAAAAGAAACCCAGAUUUCGAAGGAGGGAUUUAUCUGGGCGGGCAUUCGUUGGGUAGCUUAAUUUUGUUUGAUCUUCUGUGCCAUCAGAAACCGCUACCGGAUGAUAAAUUGAGUGAAAAUGAAACCGAAUCUAACGAAGAACAAAAUCGUCAUGAAAUAUAAUUUAUCAUUGAAAAUACCUCCCAAUCAUCCGAAGUCAUGAAGCGACGUCUUAGUAAGAAAAUAAGCUAUGUAGUAGGUGCUGCCGGAACGGGUCAGCCUUAUAUGCAUUAUACACAGUUACAUUUUCACCCACGUGCCUUUUUCGCUCUCGGCAGUCCGAUUGGUAUGUUCGUAACAGUUCGAGGUAUCGAUAUGCUCGGGGAAGACUUCGUAUUACCAACGUGCCCUGCUUUUUUCAAUAUAUUCCACCCAUUCGACCCUGUAGCUUACAGGGUCGAGGCACUCAUUAAUCCAGCCGCCCCCAAAUAUCGACCCAUGUUGAUACCUCACCACAAGGGACGUAAGAGGAUGCAUUUGGAAUUAAAGGAAACAAUGGCGCGUGUUGGAGCUGAUUUGAAGCAGAAAUUACUGGACUCCGUGAGAAACACGUGGAACUCUGUUUAUCAAUUAGCAGUGUUUCACAAGCCGGAUAAUAGUGCGCUGGAACGUGAAAUUGAUAAGGUCAUGGAGGAACAAUUGCAGAAUACAACUGUUACGGAUCAACAAAUUAAUAACGAUGGCGGUACUGAAUUCAAAGUGGGCAAGUUAAAUGGCGGAAGGAGAAUAGAUUAUGUUCUUCAGGAAGCUCCAUUCGAAUACAUCAACGAAUACAUUUUUGCACUAACGAGCCACGUCUGCUACUGGUUAGUAAAAAUACUUAUGCUAAUUAUGUUAAAGGAAAUAUACGGCUCCUCUGGUAUUCAAACAGAUACUCAACUUCCACAACAAACGCUGUCCAUAGAACGAGCAUCUGCUUCGCCAUCUUUAAUUCCAUCGUCCACUAAAUGCGACGAAAUACCACCAUUGGUACCUGUUAUGGGAAUGGAUCCCACUGCACCUAUAUCCGAGAGAGCUGUUGGUCCACCACCUAAGAGUGGAUUUAUUAAAAAGUCAUGAUCAAAAUGGAAUCGUUUAAGUUUUGUUGAAGAAUUUGACGACAAGGAUGGCCAAGGCGAUGUCCAGAACCACAGAGUCGCACGUGAUCAGGUCGAUGCGGGCAUUGUACCUGAUAUUAAUGCGAGCUACAAAUUCUACGAUUAGUAAAAAUCAAAUUCUCCUGUUUCCUAUGAAAGUUGAUGUAGGAUGUUAACGAAUCAGCUAUAGCGUUCUAAACUUUUGCCCAAAUGGAUUGUUCCUUCGAGUGUUCUCGAUAGCUUAAAGCCGUUUAGAAUUGUCGGCCUAUGCGACGACGUUCCAGCAAAGAAAAUGAUUCACUAAAAACGUCUCGCAUAAAAAGAAAAAAAUCGAAAUAAAUUGUAACGAUCUAAUUCUUAGAUGCAACGUGGAAAUUAUAUAGUGUUGGACUAUUUUAUGUCGGUUAUCACGAUACGAUGUUUCGACAAGUGGAAGAUAUUGUAACAUUAAUUAAAAAUUUAAGGGAUAUUAACAUAGGGCAAGCGAACGAAGGUGAGACUUUGUAAUACAAAAGAAAGUUACGAAGAUUAAUCAUAUUGUUUAUUCUAAAUAUAUGAUUUAUAAAUGGACACGACGUAAAUAUAGGUUAUAUGGAGUUUUUCAAAAUACGCUCGCACUAUGAGAAUUUAGCUCUACCUUCUCAUCGAUGCAAGAAUUUUAAUAAAAUACCGUAUUCUUUUAUUCGCCAGACCUCUUUUUAAUCGUCUUGCACCUUG